CAACACAUCAAUAGUUAGCUAUAGCUAGCUUGGUUCAAGUUGAUGAACAAUGAAGCUAGAAAUUUUCACAUGUCUCAUAACUCUCUUGUUCUUUUCCACUUCAGCAUCCACCAACACCACCUUUCACCACCCACUAGACCCUUUAACCCCAUCCGAGUUCAAGUUGGUCCGAACCAUAGUCCAAAAAAAAUACCAAGCCUCACCCCCCACACUAACCUUUCAAUACAUUGGCUUGGACGAGCCAGACAAAGCCAUAGUCUUAUCAUGGCAAUAUUCAGACCCCAAAACCAAAGCCACAACACUCCCACCUCGUCGUGCUUUUGUCGUUGCCCGUUUCAAAAAACAAUCCCUUGAGAUCACCGUUGACUUGUCCAAACGUUCCAUUGUCUCCACCAAUGUCUACAUUGGCCAUGGCUUCCCCAUGCUCACGUUCGAUGAGCAAGACUUUGUGGCCGAGCUUCCUUUUAAGUAUAAACCCUUCAUUGAAUCAGUGAACAAACGAGGCCUUAAUAUAUCUGAAGUUGUGUGUUCUACUGCCUCGGUUGGGUGGUAUGGGGAGAUAAAGAGCAAAAGGACACUGAAGCUUCAGUGCUUUCACACACAAGGGUCUACUAAUUUGUUUGCUAUGCCGUUGGAGGGUAUUACGGUGGUUGCUGAUCUUGAUGAGAGAAAGUUAGUUGCAUAUUUUGACAGGAAGAUUGUUCCUGUGCCCAAGGCUGAGGGAACUGAGUACGUAGCUUCAAAGCAAAAGCCUCCAUUUGGACCAACGUUCAUUGGAGCAGCUUUUGUGCAGCCAAACGGACCAGGAUUCAAGAUCAAUGGCCACUCUAUCAGCUGGGCAAACUGGGAGUUCCACCUGGGAUAUGAUAUUCGAGCUGGUCCAGUGAUAUCGCUAGCAUCAAUUUAUGACAUUCAACAGCAAAGGUAUCGCCGAGUGUUAUACAGAGGAUAUAUAUCAGAGUUCUUUGUUCCAUACAUGGACCCAACAUCAAGUUGGUACUUCAAGACCUUUCUUGACAGUGGUGAAUUCGGGUUUGGCCAAUCCAUGGUGUCACUUGAGCCUUUCGCUGAUUGCCCAUCCAAUGCUGCAUUUUUGGAUGCAUAUUUUGCAGGAGAAGAUGGUGUGCCAGUUAAAAUAGCUAAUGCAUUUUGUGUUUUUGAGAAGUAUGCUGGGGAUAUCAUGUGGCGUCACACAGAAUCAGAAAUCCAUGAUGAAGAGAUAAGGGAGGUUAGGCCUGAUGUGAGCCUAGUGGUGAGAACUGUCUCAACUGUGGGCAACUAUGACUAUAUCGUAGAUUGGGAGUUUAAGCCAAGUGGUUCCAUAAAAAUGGGGGUUGGUCUGACAGGAAUUUUGGGAAUCAAAGCAACAGCAUACACCCACGUGGAUCAGAUAAAGGAGGAUGCCUUUGGCACAUUGCUAACAGACAACACCAUUGGUGUGCACCAUGAUCACUAUCUCACAUAUCACCUCGACCUCGACAUUGAUGGAGAAGCCAACUCAUUCGUCAAGACCAAUUUGGAGACCGUGAGAGUAACAGAUCACAGUUCACCAAGGAAAAGUUACUGGACCGUGGUGCGUGAAACUGCUAAGACUGAGGCUGAUGCUCGAAUCAAACUUGGUUUGAAGCCAUCCGAGCUAGCAGUGGUAAAUCCCAACAAGGAAACAAAGCCUGGAAACAAAAUGGGGUACCGUUUGUUCCCAUUCACAGUGGCAAACCCACUUUUGGCCCCUGAUGAUUAUCCACAACUGAGAGGUUCCUUCACUAAUUAUAAUGUGUUUGUUACACCAUAUAACAAGUCUGAGAAAUGGGCAGGGGGGUUGUACGCUGAUCAGAGCAGAGGAGAAGACACUUUAGCUGUUUGGAGUCUCAGGAAUAGGAGCAUUGAAAAUAAGGACAUAGUUCUGUGGCACACGGUGGGGAUUCAUCAUGUGCCUUGUCAGGAAGAUUAUCCUAUUAUGCCAACACUGAGCGGUGGAUUUGAGCUAAAGCCUACCAAUUUCUUUGAGAGUAAUCCGGUUCUUAAAGCCAAGGCACCAAAGCCUGUGCAUUUGCCCAAGUGCAAUUCUAAACCUUAGUUGAUUUUUUCUUUAAAUUCUACUUUGGGGUGCAGUUAGCGUGAAGGGCGGCCACAAGAGGGUUGUGUUAUGCCAUCCUUAAGAGAUUCACACGUGAUGUGCUUUUGCAAUAAAAUAAUUGGAAAAGUUUGCUCUGUUUCAGAAUUAUACUCCCACUUAUGGGGUUAACAA